GAGCGCAGGAGCAUGUCGGUCGAGAAGGAGUUCUCCGGACGCCUCGCAGUUGUCACCGGUGGAGGCAGCGGCAUCGGUGAAGCCAUCUGCCAUGUGUUGGCCGAAAGAGGAGCCCGUGUCGUGGUGGCGGACAUCAAUUUUGAAGCGGCACAAAAGGUCGUCUCGAACACCUUGCCAGACCAGGACCACCGUGCCGUAGAAGUGGACGUGGGUGAGUCGGCGUCCGUCGAGAGGCUCUUCCAGAUCAUUCAUGGGUUCAGCGGUGGCAUUCCCGCGAGCAUAAUUAUCAACAAUGCCGGGACUGGUGCCCUCUUUACUUCGAUCACUGACGCUAGUGAAGAGGACUUUGAUCGAAUAGUCCAGACCAACCUGAAGGGCACAUUUCUGAUGAGCCGUGCGGGCAUUCGCCUAAUGCUGGCCGCUGGGAUUAAAGAAGGAGCCGUGGUCAACGUGUCCAGCCUCGCAGCAAAGAGCGGCGUCAAGGGCAUCGCCAGCUACGUGGCCUCGAAGGCUGGAAUCCUGGGUCUUACCAGGUGCAUGGCACUAGACGUUGCCGGCACGGGCAUUCGCUGCAACGCCGUGCUUCCGGGCUUCACGGCGACGCCUCUGUCCGAACAUCUCUCCGAAGAAGAGAAGAAUCUACUUACAGCAAGCAUACCACUCAGUCGCCCAGCCCAACCACGCGAGGUGGCGCAGGUAGUGGCGUUCCUGUGCAGCCCGCAGAGUUCGUACAUGAUUGGCGCUUGCGUCGAUGUCUCGGGUGGAGCCAUGCUUUAAUAA